UAUGUGACUGGUUUGGCUACUGUUCACCAACACUCGUCAGAUAAGGGAGACCAGAGAUAUUGUGCCCCAGAAGUGGGUCAGGGAGUGGUCUAUAACCAUAAGAUAGAUGUCUACAAUGUAUUGCAUUCAAUGUCAUACUAUAACUGGGAUUACCCGCACAUACCCGGCCCUCACUGGACAGAAAGGCCCGAGUGCUCACAACGUUUGUUUGUGUUUUACAAAUGCGCGUUCAAUCAGCUGUUUAGGGAUAAGCCGACACACCCUGAGGUCAGUCACCACCAGAAGCUAUCGGCAUACGUGUUGGGCAUCAUAUCCACAAUACACGCCCUCAUCGCCGGUUACGUGGGCUGUUCGGCGGUGUGGUUCCGGUCCAAGUCGUGGACGCAGAUCCAGGUGCUCACCAACACUCUGGUCAUACCGUUCCUGGUGUUGGCCUACGCUUUCAAACGCUUCCGAGUGGACAAGAUCUUAGAAUGCGUUCAAUAUUUACAUGAAUUGAAUCCUCCGGUCAUUCAUAGAGACCUCAAACCUGACAAUAUAUUACUGGCGAAGACUUAUGUGACUGGUUUGGCUACUGUUCACCAACACUCGUCAGAUAAGGGAGACCAGAGAUAUUGUGCCCCAGAAGUGGGUCAGGGAGUGGUCUAUAACCAUAAGAUAGAUGUCUACAGUUUGGCUAAAAUUGCAGAAAAAGAUAUUUUUGGGAUUCAUUUGGAGGACAAACCUUUACAAAAGUAUUCAAACAAUGAAAUGUAUUGCAUUCAAUGUCAUACUAUAACUGGGAUUACCCGCACAUACCCGGCCCUCACUGGACAGAAAGGCCCGAGUGCUCACAAGUCUUAG